ACUCGAAUCGGAGUCGAAAAUUUGUUCCCCUUUUAUACUGUCAAACGAAAAAUUCGAUGGUUUUAGUGGAAAAAUCAAGCGCUGCUCGGACUCGGUUGUUUUGACGCGAUUCUCCGCUCUUUCUGUACGAAAAAUAAGCGCUGCCAAAGAUUUAUUUACACGUCCAUGUAAAAGUCGGAGUUUAUAUGUUCCGUUUAAUAGAUCGAGGCAAGAGAGCGAGAGAGAGAGAGAGAGAGAGCAGGCUGUAUCGACACGGUAUUCUUUCGUAUUUAUCACGCAGAGUAAAACUGACAGCGGUCCAUUUCCCGUUCGUUCUGCCAGCCAGCCUGUCUGCCUGGAACAUAAUAUCAGCCUCUCUCUCUUUCUCGUUCUCUUUCAAUCCCUCUCCGCAUCGUUCGUACUGACGAAACAACGUGGACGCGCCGUUUGUUUGGAUAACAAUGGACCGAAACAAUGCCCAUCCCUCUUCUCCACAGUGGCAGUUCACUACGAUAUGGAUUCGUAUAUCUAUAGUCCCGUUCAUAGCGACGUAUAUAAACACAGCAUCCCUAUAUAGGAUUCUCCGCGUAUUGUCUAUAUUCGCAGGACGUCUCCUUUUUUCGAACAAGUCCCUUCUCGACGGAGAGCGUUUGGCAACUUUACUCCAUCCCCUCGUUAAAAGCUCUCGAUCUCUCUCGAGCCAUUUUUUUCUCUCGAUUCUUUCACCCUCGCCUUACCUUUUCCUCCUUUCGUCGUUCCCUCCUUCCCCCCCCCCCCGGUGUUGCUCAGCUCGAAAGCUUACUUUAUUAUAAAAAAGCUCUCGCUUUCCGCCCUCGUUCGAGGGCAGCUGCGCGCCUUCCGCGGACUAUCGUAAUUCGGACGAUUCAAUACUCUCGACAAUGGAUUUCAAAAUGGUCGCGUUAACACGCCUUCGGAAUAUUUCGGAGACAUAAAUCCGGGGAAUUGCAGCAUGCAAAUGUGCAUGAGAGAUUAAGGGAAGCUGUGCUCGGGACAGAAAGGAGUUGUCCUUAAUUAAUCAUCCGCGGGGAGAAAAGACGUUGUUCUCCCUUAACGCGUCGACGCUCGAAGAUCCGUAAACGCCCCUUUUCUUGGUUAUAUCACUCUCUCGAGCAAUUUUAGCUUCUCUCUCUCUCUUUCUCGCACGCAGCUUCCAAUGAAUUCACCCGUGUACAAUGGGCCAACAUUUCAAAACGCUUUCGGUCGAAACGAAGACUAGGAAUGUACGCGAAACGCAGAGAACGAUACACUUCGGGGGAGAUUGAAAAGGAACGAGUAUGACGACAACAACGGGGGAUCCGUCGAGUCUGAAGACGCCGUCGUCGCUCUCCGGCGGGGAUUUCGUGUCGCGAUUGCUCGCCGCGACGCCCCCAUAUUUGUACAACGUCCCGUUGACCCCGCACAGUUUUUUCUUCAGCGAGAUGUUGCGCUCGUUCGUCCAGAGCAAAACGGAAGCAGGAACCUCAGCCGCGAGCAAUAACAACGGAGCCAACGUCGUCCGUCGUCGGAAACGAUCGUGGCGAGACGCUCGCGAACGCCCGCUCGAAUUGACCACGAAAGAGAAGUCGCAGCAUCACCAUCACCAUCAUCAUCAUCAUCACUCCCACCAUCAGGCACAAUCCCAGAAGGACAAAUACUACGGAAUUCCACAGCCUCAAGGACAACCGCAGUCGCAACAAGCUCAACAGCCGUCUACCCCGCCGGAAACCCACGUGGAGAACCGGUUCAAAGUUCACAACCUUCCGGAAGACUCGAUAACCUACGGCGGAGAGAGCAACCUCAAAAGAACGCAGAGUUACGAGCAGAAAACUUCCCCCUAUUCUUUGAGCGAGCCCUUAAAGCCAGUGGAUGAGAAUCGUGCGGAUUUUUGUAAGCAGAGUCACGACUUUUACGACGAUUCGUCCCGGCGUUUCAGCAGCGAGCAGUUGGCCCACCAGGAUGCGAUGUUCGCCGCGGUAACUCACAAAGUAAAGCCCGAGGAGUCCCCUCCCCAGCCUCAAAUCCCCGCGGAACCGAAAACCCGGGACUCGAGCCCCGAGAGAACGUCGCACUCCGAGGAAAAGGCCAAAGUCGCGAAUCCGGAUCUGAACUUCCUCGCCGAGCAGAGGAACAAACUCCAGGAGUUUGCGGGACGGAAUUUUCUACCAGGACUCACCGGAGUUCCGAGGCUCGAUGAGCAGAAUAAAAAUUUUGCGUUGUCCGGUGUCGGGGUGCCCAGCGGCACCGAUUUCUUACCCUCCGGACCUCUCUGGUACCCUCCGUAUCCGCACUCGAUCGCUCAAUCCUACCCGGCGAUCGACCCUCUCCAUUUUUUCAUCGACCUUCGGGUCUCCGGCCACAUCUGGGAUCGAAAAAUGAACGAGAGACAACUGCCCUUCAAGAGCAAACAUUGCUCAGCUUUCAGCGUCCCCCAGGCCAAGGAAUACAACCGGCCUUUGGAUCUCACCAGAGACGAACAAGCCGCGACCUCUUCGGGUCACAAUAACGGUCAAACCAAUCAACGCGGCACCCACUUCAUCCUUAGAAAUCUCAACGACACGUACAAAGACAUUCGAGAAAUGGAGAAAAACCUGGCUGAUAACUCAUCCAAAAGUUGCAGCUCCGACGAACACUCCGGCAAGGAUUCCCAAGGAAGGAGUUUGUCGAAGGGCGAACUUUCGGCGUCUUCCGCCUCGUCUUCUGGAGAAAAUCGGCCGCAAAAAGAGGAGGAAGGAGAAGGCAAGGAUCUUCGGGCUCUUAUCGGACUCGAGCUUGUCGUCGAUUACGUCAAAGAACCGAAGGAAGAUCCGAACGUCGACGAGGAGCAAUCUCCCGAUGUCGGGGAAUAAAUUUACCUCAAGCAAAAUCCAAAACUUCAUUUUUUCCAAUUUUCCAUUCUUUUCUCGCCUAAAGUCACAUUUUCGUUGCUAUAUCGAUGUUGAAAAAUCUUGCGUUCCAUCGAUAGUUAAACAAUUCGAAGGAAAAAACAUCAAUUCUGUUCCAUUACCGAAAUAUUUUUCGUAAAAUAUCUCAUUGAAAGUCGAACCGAUCGUUUCUGUGAUAUUUCUUUUUGAAACAUGCAAUGUAUAUCUAGUGUUAUCGUCGACGAAAAAAAUUAGUCAAUUGAAUCUGUUAUUAUUGCUGCGAGAGAUAAUAAUUUAUAAUUCAACGCCUGUGUAAGUGAGCGAUUAUUUACGAACGUGAUGCAGAGUAUUAGAAGCAUUGGUCUCAGAGCGGAAGAAACAUGAUAACUGUGAAAAAUAUUGUGAAAUUAUAACUCCAUAAAUUAACGACGAUUUCAGAAUUCUAAUUGUACAAAAAAUAUUGACGAGAAGCGUAGCGUCGUUAAAAAAUGUUCAACGACCGACGGUCGAUUGUGCUUUCGUUCAGAAAUAUGUCGAGUUUCUUUUGAAGCGAAAAAUAUGACGUGAAAGUCGAAUUAUGCAUUAAAAAAUCGCAGAAUUUUUUUUCAGAUCGCGAGACCACGAUACGAGGAUGUAAAAUAAUGAUAAAUAUCUAUCGUAGACGCAGAUAAAGAGAAAUUUUCUUAGUUAGUAUCGAGUUACUCGCGUCUUGUGUUAGCGGAGUAUUGAAAUAACGCGUGUAUCGAGUUUAUCCGAAGCGAGGUCCCAUUUCCGUCUCUUUAUUCCUCGAUAAUUCACGAGCCAAUAACGAGUCAGAGAAUUAAGACAAGAGUUUCCGUCAAGCAAUCCCUCGGUUCGUUGAUUAGCUAAAAAAUUGAACGCUCGAUGUGGCGUGGGAUGCCCGACAGCAUAGAAAUAGUUUCGAAUAUGUUCGAGACACUCCCGCUCGUUUCUCGGCGUUAAUUCAAUCGAAAUAGAUCGCCAAUUCUCUCCACCGAAUUAGACCGUUUGUGAUAUUUUGUGUAAAUAAAUGAGCGACAAGGAUAACAGGAAAUCUAUAACAUUGAACUUCUUUAUCGUAUUGUAAAACAAUAAAAAAUAGGCCGAGAGUGAGGUACGAAUAAAAUAAGCGAAUUUACUAAAUGCUAUGACGUUGUAUGAGUCGUUGUAUCGUACAAUAAAACAAAAUAUAUAAGAGA